GGGGCGGAGCGCUGAGCGCAGCCAGGCUUUGCAUUAGCGACACGCUGGCUUUAAAAACAGCCGUGAGUCGCAUAGCCUAGACCGACCCGGAGGACUGUCGCCAUGCACCGUGUACCGCUGCUGCUCCUGCUGGGCUUGCUGCUCGCAGGCUUCGUCGCCCCUGCGCGCCUCGUCCCAAAGCGCCCUUCCCAACUUGGUGGCUUCUCCUGGGAUAACUGUGAUGAAGGAAAGGACCCUGCAGUGAUCAAAAGCCUCACGAUCCAGCCUGACCCCAUUGUCGUUCCUGGAGAUGUAGUCGUCAGCAUUGAGGGCAAGACCAGCGUUCCCCUCACUGCUCCUCAGAAGGUGGAGCUCACCGUGGAGAAGGAAGUGGCUGGCUUCUGGGUCAAGAUUCCUUGUGUAGAACAGCUAGGCAGCUGUAGCUACGAGAACAUCUGUGACAUGAUAGACCAAUACAUUCCCCCUGGAGAGAGCUGCCCAGAACCCCUGCAUACCUACGGGCUGCCCUGCCAUUGUCCCUUCAAGGAAGGCACCUACUCACUGCCCACGAGCAACUUCACAGUGCCUGACCUAGAGCUGCCGAGCUGGCUGAGCACAGGCAACUACCGCAUCCAGAGUAUCUUGAGCAGUGGUGGGAAGCGCCUGGGCUGCAUCAAGAUUGCUGCCUCUCUCAAGGGCAGAUAACCUGGCAGCAGCCACCACAGAAUGAAGGGGCACCAGGACGACAGGCCUCUUCUUCCGUGUUCCGGGGCCCAGGCCUGCCUGCCUCUAACUCCAUUCUCCUACAGUUCUCUACCCUCUCUGUAAAUCAUUGCAACCUGACCUGAGGGAGGAUGGACCAGGCCCAACAUCUGAUGGGCUGUAAGCCAUGCUUCUCUGCACCCCUACCAACUUUCUAAGAGUUUCUUUCAUAUCCAAAACAGUCAAGGAAUGGGAACCAACAUGUUUGGGAAUCUUAAGGUCAAACUGGCCCAACCUGGACCCCCUGAAGUUAUACUCACUUUGUAUGCUCUUUGUUUUAGUCACCAACUUUAAAACCAGGAUAACAGUAUUAAUUUCUCAUUCCACCCUGAGCCUCUCCUCCUGCAGAGAGGUCUAGGUAGUCAGCCCCUCUAUUAACUUCUGUGAUUAACUGCAUUCUCUUUGCAACUUGUCUAGUCAGCACUGGGGCUGACAGAUCCUGAAGAGGCAGAGUGGUAUGUGACAGAAACCUAUGAGAGUUCUUGAUGGGCACGCUCCAUUAACCCUUGGCAAAGCACAGGUGCCUGUAGGGCCAAGCCGAAGACCUAGGGAGACACAGCAAUCACUCCUGGGAGCGCUGUCCAUUUUUCCUUUUUUGGGUAUGAUGCAUUUAAGAAUGGGAUGGCAUUCCUUAUACCUGAAAAGAAACAAAAACCAAAAACCCAAUAGCACAUGUGCUCCGGUGCCAGGUGGCCAGGGUCUGGAAUGGCAUAUCUAGGUCUAGAGAGGUGCAGUCCAAUGUGACCUGUAAGUGCCAUGUAAGGAAUGUUGCCAGAUAUUUGCAACAUUUUUCUUUAGACUCCAAACCCAGACAUUUAUAUGAAAUCGUAAAAUUUUUAACUACUAGAAACAGAUUGUUUUUUAUAUAUAUNUAUAUAUAUAUAUAUAUAUAUAUAUAUAUAUAUAUAUAUAUAUAUUUACUAUGCAGGCCAAAGGGGCCCCACGGACUCAUCUAGGGACAUAACCUGGCUCCCAGGUGGCUGCUUUUCCUCACACCUGUUCACCUUCUCAGUCUCAAGUUAUCUGGCCUCAUCUCGUUCCCCUUCAAGGUCAAGUCCUUGGUGCCUGGCCUCAAAGAGGGCUCAGCCUGCACUAGAGCAGGUCUACAUGGCUUCUGAGAGCUGGGCACUGUGCCAGCCUCCGAGCCAUCACCACCAGAGUAGAGGGGUUCACACCAGGGUGGAUCCCACCCAGCAGCCACCACGUGGAACAGAGAUCCCGUGAAGAGAGUGGAUCCUACAUCAGGUUGCACCAUGACAACUUCCUGAGCCUUAGACAGCCCAGGUUCUGGACUAGAAGACUGGUCUGGCAAUAAAUCUUUUUAACUUGC